AUGGAGUCGGGCAAGAUGGCGCCUGGCAAGAACGCUCCGCGAGACGCCUUGGUGAUGGCACAGAUCCUGAAGGAUAUGGGAAUUACAGAGUACGAACCAAGAGUUAUAAACCAAAUGUUGGAGUUUGCUUUCCGAUAUGUAACUACAAUUCUGGACGAUGCAAAAAUUUAUUCGAGCCACGCUAAGAAACCUAAUGUUGAUGCAGAUGAUGUGAGACUGGCAAUCCAGUGUCGUGCUGAUCAAUCUUUUACCUCUCCUCCCCCAAGAGAUUUUUUACUGGAUAUUGCAAGGCAGAAAAAUCAAACCCCUUUACCUCUGAUUAAGCCAUAUGCAGGACCCAGACUGCCACCUGACAGAUACUGCUUAAUAUCUCCAAACUAUAGGCUGAAGUCCUUAAUUAAAAAGGGAUCUAACCAAGGAAGACUACUUCCACGGUUAAGUGUUGGUGCUGUUAAUAGCAGACCUACCACUCCUACUAUAGAUGACCAACUUUGUCUCCCUGUCUCCCUACAACUGGAAUUUCACCUGGUUUUCAUGCGAGUAGCGAAACAAUGA